CCUUUUACAGAGACAUAGCCGGCCUCUCCUCCUCUGCUUUUCCAUUUUCCUAAUCUAUUUUCCCUUCCCCUGGCUCUUCGCGCGUCCUUCCGCGUACACGUUUUUCUCUCCUUCUCUCACUCUCGACUUCUUUCCUUUCAUCAAUCUACACACAAACAUCUCUCUCUCUCUCUCUCUCUCUCUCUCUCCAACGUCCAAACUUCUGCAGAAUCAAUGAGAAAGUCCAUCAAUUUCGGUUUUGUUUCUGAAUCUCCGUAAGCUAUUUGAAGAUUGAAAUAUGUGGUUUUUGUUUCUGGGGAAUUCAGUGUCUUAGUUUUUUGUACUGGGAAUUCGGCACAAAUAAAGGGGAAGAUGUCUGCUUUUGAAGGAGUUAUUGUUUCUGAUACAUGGCUGCAGAGCCAAUUCACUCAAGUCGAGCUUCGCACCCUCAAAUCGAAAUUUCUUUCGAUAAGGAAUCAGUCUGGUCGAGUCACAUUGGGAGAUUUGCCGCCUGUUUUUGCGAAAUUGAAGGCUUUCAAUGAUAUGUUCAAUGAAGAUGAGAUUAAAUCAAUCUUAUUGGAGUCGGGCAGUAACAUUGGUGAAGAAAUUGAUUUUGAGUCCUAUCUUCGGGCAUAUUUGAAUUUGCAAGCGCGUGAAAAUGCAAGAUCUGGUGGUUCAAAACAAUCUUCCUUUCUCAAGGCAACCACAACAACGGUUCACCAUGCGAUUAAUACUUCUGAGAAGUCUUCUUAUGUUGCUCACAUUAACGGCUAUCUAGCGGAAGAUCCGUUCUUGAAGAAGUAUCUUCCUUUAGAUCCAUCUACAAAUGCUCUAUUUGAUCUUGCAAAAGACGGAGUACUACUCUGUAAGCUUAUCAAUAUAGCUGUUCCUGGGACUAUAGAUGAGCGAGCUAUCAACACUAAAGCAGUUCUUAAUCCAUGGGAGAGGAAUGAGAACCAUACCCUUUGUCUUAAUUCUGCUAAGGCUAUCGGCUGUACUGUAGUUAACAUCGGCACACAGGAUUUGGUUGAAGCAAGACCCCAUCUUGUACUUGGCUUGAUUUCACAAAUAAUCAAGAUUCAACUGUUAGCUGAUCUUAAUCUGAAGAAAACUCCACAACUUGUGGAAUUGGUGGAUGACAGCAAGGAUGUGGAAGAGCUCUUGGGUCUACCACCCGAGAAAGUUCUACUAAAAUGGAUGAAUUUUCAUCUAAAGAAAGCUGGCUACGAAAAGCAAGUCACAAACUUCUCUUCUGAUGUGAAGGAUGGAGAGGCUUAUGCUUACCUGCUUAAUGCUCUUGCACCAGAGCACUCAGGCCCUGCUGCCUUGAAUAUGAAAGAUCCUACAAAAAGAGCAAACCUGGUUCUUGAGCAAGCAGAGAAAUUGGAUUGCAAAAGAUACCUUACUCCAAAGGACAUUGUUGAGGGCUCACCAAAUCUUAAUCUUGCAUUUGUUGCACAAAUUUUCCAGCACAGAAAUGGGUUGUCUGCUGAUUGUAAAAAAAUGUCCUUUGCUGAGAUGAUGACAGAUGAUGCCGAAACUUCUCGAGAAGAGAGAUGUUUCCGACUGUGGAUUAACAGUCUUGGAACUGCUACCUAUGUCAAUAAUCUUUUUGAAGAUGUCAGAAAUGGAUGGGUUCUUUUAGAAGUGCUUGACAAAAUUUCUUCAGGAUCAGUCAACUGGAAGAAGGCAUCAAAGCCUCCAAUAAAAAUGCCGUUUAGAAAAGUCGAGAAUGCCAACCAAGUUAUAGAGAUUGGAAAGGAAUUAAAUUUCUCCCUUGUGAAUGUAGCAGGGAAUGAUAUUGUGCAAGGAAAUAAGAAGCUCAUACUGGCAUUUUUAUGGCAGUUGAUGAGGUUUAGUAUGCUUCAACUCUUGAGAAAUUUGAGAUCCCACUCCCAAGAUAAAGCGGGUAAAGAGAUUACUGAUGCUGACAUUCUAAACUGGGCGAACAAAAAAGUUAAGAAGGCGGGUAGAACCUCACAAAUAGAGAGUUUCAAGGAUAAAAACCUUUCAAGUGGAGUUUUCUUCCUCGAGCUUCUUAGUUCUGUGGAGCCAAGGGUGGUCAACUGGAGCCUUGCCACCAAGGGGGAAACUGAGGAAGAUAAGAAGUUGAAUGCAACGUAUAUAAUCAGUGUUGCCCGAAAGCUAGGUUGCUCCAUUUUCUUGUUACCAGAGGACAUUAUGGUGGUAAACCAGAAGAUGAUGCUUACUUUGACAGCAAGCAUCAUGUACUGGAGUCUGCAGCAACCGGGAGGGGAAGCGGAAUCAAACCUUACCACUCCUGACGGGUCCCCUACAGCUUCCGCUGAUGGCGAGAAGGAAGCAACUUUGGCCAGUGCAGUCUCCAAUCUGUCUAUGGACGAAGCUGCUUCAAAUCCAACCUACCAACAGACAGAACACGAGAAUCCCUCGAAGGUCGAAAAUGAGGAAUCGUCUGUAGAAAAUGAAAAAAAGGACACUUCUGGUGAAAAAUGACAGGAUAUGCUUGAUCACAUUUCAUUGUUUUUGGGUUUCUAGAGAGGAGGAAUAAGAGGAAACUUGGUUGCAGUUAUCAGAGGCUCUCUUGUUAAUGGGAUUGUAAACCACAGGAAAAGAAAAGGAAAGAGUUUUGUAAAUUGAUUUUUGUACCUAGGAAUAUUCUUUUUAAUGGCUAUUUCAUUAAUUUUACUGAAUAAUAUGAGAAUUCAUUUUUUAUUCA